GGAGGUGAGAAGGAUGCUCACUUCACUAUUAUUCAGUGCUCACUUUAUAUCAUGAGAAACAAGACGAAAACUUUAAAUAAUUUGCUACUUUUUAACAGGAAAUUCCAACUGAGGACACUUUGUUGCACGCUAAUGUGGUUGAAAUAAAAAGAUUGAUGACUAUUGUUUUUCUCACGCAAGUGAGUGAGUGCACAACUCGCCUCUGCAAGAGAACUGUGUAAACGGGUCCUAAGUAAAACGCUUAAUUUAAAUUUAAAAUUUCAAAUCGCCUGUAACGAUAUGUAUCUGAACUAUCUUUUUUUGAAAUAAUAUGAUCAAAUGAGAUUUUUUCCAUUUUAAUGUGCUGGUAAAUAGCUUAGUAACAUUUCAAUUGUUUUAUCGUAAUGAAAUGAAAAACAAUUGUACAAAUGAAAUGCACCGAUCACAGCGAUAGGAUAUAUGAUUAAUGUAAUGUGAUUUAUUAUGCACCUUUUUUAAUUCCCUUUUUCUUUCGGUUGUUCGUAAAUUGAAAUUGAUUUAUUAAAAUUAAUAAAUAACAGAAUUAAGUGAAAAUAAUUACCAACGCCAAGAUUGAUUAGUUUCACUGACCGCACAUAGUCCCACGAUUUGUAAUCAUCAAUAAUUAUCAAAGUAUCAAUUUAAAACGAAACAAUUCUAUAUAACCACCUUUUUUCAAUCGUCUCUAAGCUUAGUGAGCUGUUUCGAGCCAACCAAAGAUCAACAUGUCUCGUUGGCCCUUAACAAUGUGCUUUGCGUUUAGCGCAAUGUUCUGUUUAACCGUACAGCAAGCCGAUCGACUGGAAGAUAUUACAGCCUACUUGAGCCAUUUAACGUACACUGUGCAGAAAGAACAUUUAGGAGUGUUUAACUGCUGGUUACUUGAAUUUUCCAACAACGCUAGCCAUUCUACGGUGCUAAAAAGCUUAGCACAUAAGCUCAGCGCUCAGCAUGCUGGUCUCCUGCAAGCAAACCAUCAAGGAAACUACGUGCCUACCGGGCGAGAGCCCAACAUGGUGAUAAUAAUGUGGGAAAAGCAGGAAGAGCUGGGUGGCAAUAUUUACACCCACCAGUGGAUUGCCAACAUACCGCCCGAAUGUCCCACGAUUGUACUCUUCGAUCGUAGUUGUGACGCAGCACAGCCACAGCAAAUCGGGACGUACUUUGUGACGAGAAAUGUUCUCUACUUUGCAUUGAUCGCGAUCAACGAGGAUGCAAUUUUCACCUUUCACUAUCUCCCGUUGCGCAUCACGACCCACUCAGGAUUCCCGAAACUCAACGAACUUUUCUUCGAUCGAGUGAAAACCAUUCAGUACAACCGUUUCGCGGCUGCGUACGUAGCAGAUUUUUACACGAUAAAUGUUUGCGACAGUCUGGUGGGAGAGGACAUGAAGCUGUUCACUCUGUUUGCGGAAACCGAACAAUUCGUAGCAAACUUCGUACAACUUCAAUGCAACCGCAGUGAAACGAUAUCCUUAUGCUUAUCUCGAUACGAUCGAAUACAUUUCUUCGUGAAUCGCUUUUUUUUGGUGCAUUAUAACAAAUUCGCCGUCAGCAGUACGACCAUGGCACAGAUUGCGAUUGCAACCCCGAGAGGACGCUUGCUGACUGUGUGGGAAAUACUGCUCAAACCAUUUCAACUUUCUGCUUGGACUGUAAUAUUUUCCGUCCUUGUAGCGUUCCAGCUUGUUCAACUAUGCUCACCGACACUGUUCGCCAAUAAUAUCCUCGCCUUGGCUCUGUUUGGAUUCGAAAAGCGUAAACUGCGCCUUACAAAGUAUGGCGAAAAAAUUGCAACCAGUGCGUUGAUCAUUUUCUUCUUCCAGCUAAAGUGUGCGUACGAAGCAAAGCUGGUAUCGUACCUUACCGAAACACCGCAUUUACCGGACGCCGUGUCAGUGGAAGACUUGCGUGAUCGAAACAUCACUGUGUACUACAAAAACGUCAAUAUCGACUACGUGGACAAACUUGCCGGGAUGGUUGCAACGCACGACGGAGACAAAUUCUUUUACGAUGGUAUUACGCUGAUGGAAAAUCGAGAAGUUUUGGUUGCAGAGAAAUUUUUUGCCGACAGCAUCGAGGGUUAUGGAAUGCUGUAUACCAUACUUCCCGAAAAUAUUCUUGAAAUUCUCCCAUUUUAUGCGUUCGGCACUAACUCACUCUAUCGUAAACGAUUUCAUAAAUACCAGCAGAGAGUGUUUGAAGCGGGCAUGCAAAUACACUGGCGAAGGGAACGUUUCAAUUGCUUUCUUUUGCACAUCGUUAGCGCUCAACAUGAACGUGGAGCAAAGAAACGGGCGGAUGUUACUAUACGCUAUGAGCAUCUGAAGCCACUUGUGCUGUUCUUCCUAGCGCAGUGGGCAUUGGAAAUAGUAAUCUUUCUAGGAGAAAUGAUUAUUGGAAGGUUUGGUGCUUAAACGUGAUCACAAAGUAUUGAAGAAGGAGCAGUGUCGCACGAUCGCUUGAUCAAACGAAAGAAAGUGGAGAAUAAAUUUUGCCACCAAUAUUUACGUUAAUCUCAUACGAACACAUUCUUGUGAGCAUAAGGAAUAAUAGUUAAGGCACAAGUAGAAUUAUUCACGAAUUUUCCAAUCUGACUACAGCACAAUAACCUACGCCUGCUUAGAGCACAGACAUUUGAUGAUACAAAUAAAAAAACUAUUCAUACCAGGUCUACAUUAGUUGUGAGAACAGACAGGUGAAAUGUUUCUGAUUAUAAGCGUGAAUACUAAUAACUAACUAAAUAA